ACAGAAAAAAAGUAAAAAAAAGGAAGAAAAACACUGUUGCGUCUCUCUCUUCCUCUUUCCCGUCUUCCUUCCUAAAAUCUUUAAAAUUUAACUGCAGAAAGCUUAAGCCCACCAGCUCGCCACCACUUUUCCUUCUCUGCCGUGUCUUCGAUUUUUCCUCCAUAGAUUGCAGACAAGGGAUUUGAGGAGAAACGGCUGGAUAGCUGCUCCAAAAGCUUGCUUGUCGUCUCUCUCAAGCUCGAACUCAGCAAGAGUGAGUCUUCCAGAGUAAAUGGCAACAUGCCCAUACUCUAAUCGUCACUUUAACUCUACAAUCAAUCAAAGCUCUGAAACCCCACCCUAAACCCCAAAAUCUCCAAUGUCUGACCCACAGGUAUGGAGGUGCAACACUUGCGGCAAUUUGGGCCUUGCUGACGGCUCUAAUGGCUUCUUCUAUUGCCUCCAAUGUGGCUCUCAGGCUGAGGACAUUGUUGAUACCGGCGUUGCCGAUGAGGACUUCGUCGACGCCGGCGGCGAAACAGGCGGUGCACUCUACAUAGCUAGUCACCGGCGCCAACGUAACCACUCCGUCAUCAAAGCUGAGUCCAUCUCCCAGUCCGAUUUCCUCCUCAAUUCUACUUGCCAGUCCGAGUUCUGGGCCUCCCUAAACCUAAACGAUGAGACUCCCAAGCAUGAUAGGGUUAAGACAGGGGAGUACGAUUAUGUUAUGGGACCCUUCAGCGCUGGUGUAGGACCCACGGAGCCGGAGGAUUUUGGUUGGGUCGGGAAGAGCGUUCCGAGCUUUGAGGAUUACUAUAAUGAGACAAGGAUUAGGUAUGUUAUGGGGUUGCAGCUAAUGAUAGAGUCUCAAUGUGAGGCUUUGGUUAGGGAGUUUAAGGUUAGCCCAUUGAUUUGUGGGUUCGCAGGGACCAUAUGGUUGCGGUUUGUAGCAGGGACUCGAGUCUUUGAUGAUGCUUGGGUUGAGGAGACUAUUCACGAAUCUGAGACUCAGGCACAUGGAGAAUCACCAACCGAUUUUAAGCCACGAUCUAAAUAUAAGGCAGAACCACAAAAUAUUUAUGGUCAACGAGCAGUAAUGAUAUGGUUUAGAUCACUGAGAAAGAGAAUACCGUUAACUUGCUCUUUAGCUGUUUCUUUUCUGGCUUGUCAUCUUGUGAGGGAAGCAAUUUUGCCAACAGACCUUGUAAAGUGGUCACUAGAAGGGAAGCUUCCAUAUUUUGCUGCUUUUGUUGAAAUUGAAAAUGUCAUUGGAAGGCCUUCAAGAGCCUGUCCUAUAAGUUCAAGUACAAUGUUUAGGCCUCGUGAAUCUGUUUCAGCACAGAAGUUAGAAUCAUUGGCAGCAUCAGUUGCUGAGUCCAUUUGCUUGGAUUUACCUCCUGUAAACUUCUAUGCCAUUGCUUCAUGCUAUCUCCAGAGAUUAUCUCUUCCUGUGGAAAAAAUUCUCCCUCAUGCAUGUCGCGUAUAUGAGUGGUCUAUGCCUCCAGAUUUAUGGUUAUCAACAAGCGAACUGAGGCUUCCUACUCGUGUUUGUGUAAUGUCAAUACUAAUUGUAGCUAUACGAAUUCUAUAUAAUAUUCAUGGUUAUGGAGAUUGGGAAAGAAGAUUAUCUAACGAUGGUGCAGCACCAUCCACAUCUUACUGGAAUGGAGAAUCAGAUCCCAGUUGCAAUCCGAAAAUGAGAGAUGAUUUUAUGAAUGGUUCUGGUUCUCCUCCUGACAUUGUAGAUGAUUCAGGUACAAACCCUGUUGAAAACACAUCACAUGCUCAGCAAUCUGAAUUGGAUGCUGCAGAGCUUUUGUACAACCUUGAAGCUAGAUAUAAUGAGAUUGCUGAAACCUAUGAAUACUCUAAAGACUUACCAACAUAUCUCCUGUACUGUAAGGAUGUGGUCUUUUCUGGUCUAGAACCAUCUUUUGAGGAUCGUGAAGAAGAAAAGAUGAUAGAACAGUUGUGGAACUAUUAUCAGAAUAACAAAGAUUCUGAAACAGCAAGUGAAAGAGAAAUGCUUUAUGGUAGUGGAGCUGUUAACCAAAAGAGACCAAGGACUGAUGAAGGAUGUACCAGCCGUCUUCCAAAAGAAAAAAAGAAAAUUAGGGAUGGAGAUGUUAGUGGCUUGUCCUCUAAUGAUGAUGAUUCUUACCAUAGAGGGAACCAACAAUGGAGCCAAAAUGGUGAUCAUUCUUUUGAUAGUUUGCAGCGUGGUCGAAACGCUGACUCUAAUGACCAAAUUUCAGCUGAGACUCUCAUGGAUGAAACUACAGAGACAACCAAAAAUGAAGCAAUUAGACGAAUUAAAUUAGACAUGGAGGAGAAUAAUUUCUGUUAUAUUCCACCAAGGGUCAACAUCAAAAGAUUUGAUUACCUCUUCUAUGUGAGAAAGAAGGAUGAGGGUGCCUUUACUUAUGCUGCCCAUGCUGAUUACUACAUAUUGCUUCGAGCAUGCGCAAAAACUGCUCAAGUUGAAAUCCGAUGUAUGCACAUUGGGGUAUUGAAUCUUGAGAGGAGGCUGGCUUGGUUGGAACAAAGGAUCAACCACUGCUUGCAUUUGACCCCUCCAAUUGUCUCAUGUGAGUUGUGUAGUGGCAUGGGCCAGGGAAAUGCUACAGAUGAAUAUGGUUUGGGAAUUUCAAAUUUGAAUACAUAGUUCUUUUUAAAAUGA